AUGUCGGCCGCCCAGAAUGUCGGCGAAGUGACGCCGACCUCGCAGGACUUCCCUCUGUAUCUCGACCUGGGUAGUGGACUCACUGCCAAGCUCGACGAACACGACUACGCCGUCCUCGUAGACCAUAGGCUAGAGUUCAACGCCCGUUGCUUGGGAUUCGGCCUCAAGUACGCAUGGAUUCGCGCGGCGCCGGCCAACAUGCGAUUGUGGUCGAUAGGACUCGGCCGGCUUCGGGCGGCGAUGGGCAAGGAAGACCACUCAUGCUUUGCUACGGUGUUCGACGCCGACGUAGCUGUUAUCCCUCUGCAUUCGAGCAUCGCACCGCUUCCAGGGGCACAUUGCAGCGUCGUGGUCAUCCUGUACCCCGGCGACUUGUUGCGGGCCGGGGGGGAGACGAUCAAGACAUCUGUCCGGCACUUUGACCCGCAAACCGUGAAGCAGUGGCACCGCGACGAGGCGAUCCGCGUGCUGAAGUUUUUCCGGGCGGCAGUGCUGGCCGAGCUCGGCCGCGAUGGCCGCCACUGGGAGUGGCCGAAGCCUUCUGUUGAAGAGGUGGCGGACAGGCUCGUCGACUUCGAUGAACCCGUUCGAGAUAAAAUGCGCGACACCGUCCGAGACAGCGACGCAUGCUCUGGCCUCCUAUCAAUGAGCGCGCUGUGCUGGGUGGUGAAGGGGAUGGAUCGCCUGACCGGCGACGACUGUCGCAGUGCGACCAGCAUGGACAAGGUCCUCGUUUCGGGGUUGAAGGAGCUGCGGAUUCGGAUGAUCACAUACAUCAAGGAACACGUCGCACGCAAACGGUCAGGCCAUGUCGGAGUUGCUGCCGAUGCCUGUGACGACGACGCCGCGGAGCCCCCUUCGGCAUCCCAAGCAGUCGGUGUCGCCGACACCAGCGGAGAGGCCGGAGACGGCGUCGACAAGGCAGAUGAGGAGGCAGAAAGGGCUGCGGCGAGGACCGCGGAUCAGGAAAAGGAGGAGGAGGAGGAUGACAGCGACGAUCAGGAUGAUAACGAGGAGGAUCGUGAGGAGCGUGAGCAGGGGCAUGGGCAGGAGGAGGAGGAAGAGGAGGAGGAGGAGGAGGAGGAGGAGGAGGAGGAGGAGGAGGAGGAGGAGGAGGAGGAGGAGGAGGAGGAGGAGGAGGAGGAGGAGGAUGAGGAAGAGGAGGAUGAGGAGGAAGAGGAGGAUGAGGAGGAGGAGGAGGACAAGGAGGCGGCGGCGGCGAAGGCCGUGGAGCAGGGUUUCGGGUCGGUGGAGCAGGUGGCGGAGGGGGAGAAGCAGCAAGAGGGGGAGGAGGAGGUAGAGUUCCCCUCGGUCGAAUUCGAGAUGGAGGAUGUUGAGGGAGCGGCGGCGGUGGCCGUGGAGGGAGCGGCGGCCGCCGUGGAGGGAACGGGUGGGAUGUCGGCGGAUGUUGUGUACGUGCGAGGGGAGGGUGCCGAUGUGGAGAAUGUCGGCGUGGAGGAGGCGCACGACGUCGGCAAUGUGGUUGGCGACGCGAAGGAGGAGGAUAACGCCGCGGCCCCGACGCCGACGGGCGUGGAGACCACCACAGGGAACGCAGUGGUGGAACGCUGGGGUGGAGCGGUAGAGGCGGGCCGUCAACCGGGUUCCUCAGCAGCUGGUCGGCAGGCAACGCCGGCCGACGUCGCGCAGCUGCGACAGGAGAACAUGUGGCUGAGGGCUGAAAAUGCUCGUCUCGAGACGGCGCUCGGAGUGGAGAGGGGUCGGGUGGACAGGUUCGCGAUGGGGAUUGGCCGCCUCGUGGACAAGCUCAGGUCGUUGGCCGACCAAGUCACCGCCUCCGACCAGGACGCGUCGAGUCGGCUGAUGGACGCGUCCUUGACCAUGGCGACGACCGUCACCGAGAACAUCACCACCAACAUGGGUGAAGCAUGGGAUGCGAUGAAGGCGUACGCCGAGAGGGCGGAGUGCUGGUUGGACGAUCUCGAGAAUCCGGAGGGGUUUAUGGCGGUGCAACGUGCGAACGCGGUCGUCGCUAUGGCCAACCACGUGGACGAAGCAAGGAAGGGAUUGGAGGAAUACAUUUCGAAGCACCUAGUCGCCGCGCAGACCAACAUCGCCGCAGCGGUAACUCAACGCGUCGCCGUCCCGCCGCCCACGCUGCCCGCCCCACCGCCAGCCGUCCCGGACGAGCUCAUGAAGUCUUUCAAGGCGGACGUGUUGAAGGCGGUGACUGAGGCCACCCAGCAGUCGUUUGUUGUGUCUGGGUUAAACCUCAUGACCCAGGUGAUCGGCCAUCUGGCGCCUGGUCGGCAUGGGUCGUCGCCGUCGGACAACGAGGCCGACAAGAAGGGUGCGAAAAGGGCGGGCGGCGGAGAUGAUGCUAGGAGCUCGAAGCGGAGCAAGGGAGCCGAUGGGAGCCGCGGCGUCGGCCAGGUGGGUCCAGGCGGCUCGCGGAGCAAGGGAGCCGAUGGGAGCGGAGGUACAAGCGUGGUCGACCAGCUUAAGAAGAACGGGGCCAAGGUGAUAAGGACGCACAGCAAGGGCGAGGGAAUCAGGAGUGCGGAGGGGGGCCCUGCCGACCAGGUUGCCGCUCAAGAGGCUGGACCAACAGCCCCGCCAUUGGUCGCCGAGAAGCCGGCCAGUCCAGCGACCGCACCAACGGCGAUAGAUGCCGGCGCCAAAACCGUCAAGGGACCGUCCGGCGGAGUGGCGGGGACCACGUCGAUCCCCCGCAAACCCCCUGCGGCUAGCAGUGCGCCGGUCGCCCCGUCAGCCGCCAACAACGAUGGGCCGUCCCUUGCGGCUACUCCAGCACCAGCAGGCACGUCUGCCACCAAGGUUGACGCGGUGGAUGCUACGGCUAACCGCGCUGGUCCGUCUGCCCCAAAGGCGAACGCGCUCAGGGAGAUGCUCAGCCGCAUGGAGACCCAUCGACAGGACGUGCAGCAGCCUCCCGUGGUCGGUACCGCGCCGGCCACAACAGCACGUCGCUCGGUCACUCCCCAGGUCGCCGCCACAACGUCCAGUGCCCCACCUACCGCGCCUAUCAUCGCCGCCCGUCCUCCUGUGGACCCAAAGUCCGCGUUGCUUCGUGCCCGGUUAGGCGCACGUACUGCGGCAGCGCCAGCACGGGCUCAGCCGGUAUCCAGCUCAUGCGCGACGCCGACGUCGGUGACCGUAGCUGCACACACACUCGGUGCGGCUACUGUCAAGGCGGUGACGGAGAAGGGCGUGAGUGCAGCGCUAGCCACGGGCGGCAGAUCAGUUGACCCUGCACAGGCGGCGAAGGACCACAACGACGCCGAUGUCGCUACCAUCCAGGAACUCGGAGCCAAAGACGACCACUGCUGCGGUCGGCGCGGGAAAUCGAAACGGAAGGGGACGGUCGGCGCAGGGAAAGCGAGGCCGAGCUCGAAGAAGAAAACACGGGCGACGUCGGCGAUGGUGAAGUCGGUGGAGAAAGGACAGGGGAUGGCGACGGCGAUGGUGGAGAAGGAGAAGGAGAAGGAGGAGAAGGAGAAGAAGAAGGAGGAGAAGGAGGAGGAGGAGAAGGAGAAGGAGAAGGAGACGGAGAAGGAGAAGGAGAAGGAGGAGGAGAAGGAGAAGGAGAAGGAGAAGGAGAAGGAGAAGGAGGAGAAGGAGGAGGAGGAGGAGAAGAUGGAGGAGGCGGAGGAGAAGAAGCUGGAGGAGGAGGAGGCGGCGACGGAGGAGGAGAAGGUGAAGGUGAAAGAACGGAAGGGUCAUGGCAUCCGCCACGACACCACGGGCGACAGGCAAGGGUGGGUGGGCGAGAUUAAGGUGGUCGGGAACGAGAGCAGAUACAUCGGCAAGUCCCGCGACAAGAUGGAGCUGGCGUACCUUCACUCGAUUGUGUACCUCCUGUACGACGGUUACGUCAGCAAGAUCCUCAUGGCCGAGCUCACCGGCUUGGAGGAAACAGUGCUGAAGCAGUGGAGGGCGGUGUGGAAGGAAGUCCGGUUCUUGCCGACUGGGAUGUGGGCGGUGGCUGAUGCCGUCCGCGAAGGGAAGGCGGCGGCGAUGUUGGUCGGCGCCAGCGAGGCUACCGCCGCCGAGUUCAAGAAGGUCAUGACGGCGGUGCUGGAGGCCGCGAUCAGCAGGCAGCAGCCCCUUGGGGAGGUUGCGCACAACGUCGCACCGGCGCUUGAGUCCACCGCUCUGGCCAAAGCCUAUCCGGGGUUGGAUGUUGAAGCCGAGGCCAAACUGAUCGCACGAGCGACAGUGGAAACCCUCGCGUUCUGGGGAAUGUGCCCCGUGGAUGGGCCAAAACUCAGGAAGAUCGGCAUCGCGGUGCCGCUUGACGCGCAGAUGGAGUACAACAUCGAACACAGGGGGAGGAAGAGGCCGAGGGGCAAGCAGGGCAAGGACAGCUCGGGGAAGAAGGGGAAGGGCAGAGCGGGCAAGGACAGCACGGCGGCGUAG